CUCCGGGGCCUUCUGUGUCAAUAGGUCCACAGUCAACAUUCCUGUCUUCCACAUCUCAGCGACUGGGUUUGUCGUCUUUUUCUCGGUAUUCUCUCUUCAUUUGCUUCGUGGACGGUACAGGGCGUCGCUCCCCUGGAUAGCCGACCAUCGCGUUGAAUUGCCUAGAGGGACGUGACGCCUCUGUGGUGAUACAUCAUUGACCGAUUGUUCCUCUACCAAUAUGGCUGACGCUUCUUCCAUCACUGUCGCGGUUCGGGUAAGACCAUUUACCAUCCGAGAAGCCGCGCAGCUCUCUAAAUGCGAAGAUGGCCCAUUAUUUCUCGGUGACGGGUCACUGGCGGCAGCACCAACACCCAAGCUUAACCAGAAAGGUCUUCGAUCCAUCAUCAAGGUCAUAGAUGACCGUUGCCUUGUGUUCGAUCCCCCGGAAGACAACCCCAUCCAGAAAUUCUCGAAGAGCGUCGUACCACAAGGGAAACGUGUCAAGGAUCAAACCUUCGCUUUCGACCGCAUCUUCGAUCAAAAUGCCUCUCAGGGUGAGGUAUAUGAAUCAACAACGCGGGGGCUCCUCGACAGUGUAUUAGACGGGUACAACGCCACUGUUUUUGCUUACGGUGCAACGGGCUGUGGAAAGACUCAUACGAUUACUGGAACAGCCCAGCAACCGGGUAUUAUCUUCAUGACAAUGCAGGAGCUUUUUGAACGUAUCGAUGAACGAUCUGACGAAAAGGCGACCGAGAUCUCACUCUCUUAUCUCGAGAUCUAUAAUGAGACAAUUCGAGAUUUGCUUGUGCCUGGAGGGAGCAAGGGAGGUUUGAUGCUUCGGGAGGAUUCCAACCAUUCGGUUUCUGUGGCUGGCUUGUCAAGCCAUCAUCCGCAGAACGUCCAGCAAGUGAUGGAUAUGAUCAUGAGGGGCAAUGAAUGCCGUACCAUGUCACCGACGGAGGCUAAUGCUACGUCUUCGCGCUCCCAUGCGGUUCUCCAAAUCAACAUUGCACAAAAGGAUCGGAAUGCGGAUGUGAACGAGCCCCAUACAAUGGCCACUUUGAGCAUCAUCGAUCUUGCCGGCAGCGAGCGUGCUAGUGCCACCAAAAACAGAGGAGAACGACUGUUCGAGGGCGCAAAUAUCAACAAAUCCCUCCUUGCGCUUGGGAGCUGCAUCAACGCACUCUGCGAUCCCCGAAAGCGAAACCAUAUUCCCUACCGAAACUCAAAAUUGACUCGCCUCUUAAAAUUCGCGCUGGGCGGCAAUUGCAAGACAGUGAUGAUUGUUUGUGUCAGCCCAUCAAGCCAACAUUUCGACGAAACUCAAAACACAUUACGCUAUGCUAAUAGAGCAAAGAACAUCCAAACAAAGGUGACGCGGAACGUUUUCAAUGUUAACCGCCACGUCAAGGACUUCUUGGUAAAGAUCGAUGAACAAAUGGCCAUGAUUAAUGAAUUGAAGGCACAGCAGAAGAACUAUGAGAAGCUUGCCUUCGCCAAGUUUAAGAAACAGACAGAGAAGAAGGAUGCAGUCAUGCGAGAGGGCAUUGCUCGUAUUCGAAAUGCUUACGAACACUCACUGCCAGAAAGGCAGGAAAGGACCAACAAUAUGAUCAAAUUGAGGCAGAUUAGCCGUCGGAUAGGACUGCUGUCGUCUUGGAUUGCUGCAUUUGAUCAUGUCUGCGCCUCUUCUGAUUCUGAUCAAUCACUAUGCAACCUCCAAGCCAUUCGCAAAACAGCACAAGGAAUUCUCCUCGAAUUGGAGAGUAGCAGGCAACACUACCAUCAGCGAUUAGCAAAGUCUACGUGGGACCGCAUCCUCGUGAGCGCUGUUGAACAUGCCGUUCGUCAGCUGCAGGAGUUCAAUUUGAACGAUAACAACGACAUCGACAACAUUCAUCGCGAAGCAGAGCUAUUGCGUGCGAACACGGAGCGCGAGGCUCUCUCGGCAGUCGCCGACCAGGACAAAGCUGGAGACGCAGCCACCGUGCAAGUGCUGCUCCAGGCCCAAUUCGAGACUAUCUCCGAGAUUGAGAACAUUAUGGAGAUGAGUGAGGAAGAGGCUGUUGAGACAGGAAGGAAGAUCCUGGCAAAGAUGCUUAGCUCCUGCUCUACCGUGACAUCUAGCCUGGUCAAGCCUGACGGUAGUGUUCCAUCCCUCUUGCCAGCCAGUCCCAUUAAGCGCACAAUGGGCUCUCCUAAGCAGAAGAAGAGGGUUAGCUUAGCCGCCGCGGCGCCCAUCGGUCGGAUCUCACAUGCGCCAGUGAUCUUGACUCCAGCAGCACCCCCCUCUCCUACAAAGGGGUCUCCAAGACGCCGCAAGCUGAAUGUGGGAAGGAAGAGUGUCAGCUUUUCGCCCAAGAAGGUCCAGCCGAAGCCGGUUAAGAGAAGCGUGCGGUGGAGGGACGACGAAGAAGAUGGUGCAUUGACCGAGGUUCAGAAGACUCCUCAGAAGCCGGGUUUGGCACCAGUACCAGAAGCCAGCCCCGGCGAUCCUCCUUUGCCUCGGGCAUCUCCUAUCCCACGAGGGAUUCCAGUGCCUACACGCAACUUCAGCCCAUCAAGUGGCUCGUCUCCCAUCUCAGCUGUACCAGAACCCACAUUGAACAUACAAAAGAACAACAACCGGUUCAAAACUGGGUUUCUGUCGAAAAAGCCUGGUAGUUCGCCCAUGGGGCCCCCUCCCACUUCAACUCUUCCUCUUUCCGAAAAUGAAAACUCGCCUCUUCGCGAUAUUGACAACAGUAGCUUUUUGAACCGUUCGUCAGUCGAGCGCCCGUCGAGAAUUGCGGUUCGAACGCCAAGUGGAAGCUACUCCGGCAGUCCUGCAUCAGAGUCUAAGAGUGCCACAAGCUGGAAGGCAAGCAAAGAUGAUGCUAUCAAGAUUACCUCCGCAAUGAGGCGCAUCUCCGGGGGCUCGUUCGGGAUUGGACCCUCGGCUAACGCACUCCGCGUUCACCGUCGCCGGAGCCCGACAGCUGUGACAUACGGCAGUUCCCCAACGGAGAACACCAUGUUCACGGCCUCCCAGGCAAGACGCAUGGUCAAGAGCGAGAAAGAGGAGGCCAAACCUCGCGUGCUGAGCCCGCGUGCUCUACCCAUCAUGAAGAACACCCAACGACGAAGCACCUUGGGUGGAGACAUUCGCCCACGGGAUAUCAGUCUUACCAGUCGUGAUGCUAUAAGACUCAGCAUGGUGGCAGCCCCUUCUCUGGAGAGGCCUUCAGAGACUCUCUACUCCAAUAAUGGGUUUGGUAUGAGGUAGAUGAUCACAUAUGAAAUUGUUAAGUGUCAUUGCAUUGGGUUGCUGGUACGGUGUUUCGGAAUAGAUACCAUUUGCUUUCUUUCUAUCUUUUGAAAUUGAGACCGAACGAGCCGCGAUUCGGUACAAAAUAUUAUUACACAACCUUUUUUUCGACUGGAGGGAUUCUGGAUUUCAUCCCGGGCUUGGAAAGACAAAUUGUCGGCACAUCCUCUAUUUCAUUGUUCAUGAUUUUAUUGCUUCGUUUGUUUACCCUCCAACAUCCUAUUCGCGCGGGAUCUGUACAGUAACAGCUUGUUGCAAGUCUGGGAACUUGUUUUGCGG